CAGCAGUGGCAGGCCGGAAAUCGCCCGGCAGACGUUGGUCAGGCCUUCGGUAGUAACAACGCUAGCUGGAACAACGGCAGCAGCGCUACGAGGUCUGCCGCAGAGAGGAUGAUGGGUGGUGGGGUGGACGGUGUGUCGGGGUCCCCGCCGAUUGCGGCGUCGCUACCCAUCCCCACCUUGCAAGAACGAGAAUCGAGCUCCGGGAGACAACAGCAGCACCAGGAGUUCGGAAGCAUCCCACCACCAACACAGCCCCAGUUCCCAGGGACAGGAAGUCCGUGGUGACACUGAACAGCAGUUUGCGUUUGUUUUUGCGUAUGUAUGCAUUCCUUCACCCUGUUAGAAAGAAGGCACACAGAGUUUUUGUUGUAAAUUUGAAUUUUGAUGCGGUGAUCUGUAGGGUGUAAUAUCCGUUUGCGAGGGAGGCGUUGCGGGGGGGGGAGGGGGGGGGCAU